CCGAGGCGAAAGGGGACAUAAAGGGAAGAGACGCCCGGCUCUGCUCCCUCGAAAAGGAAGGAGGAGAACGAAGGGCGAGCGAGGAGAGAGCCAGCCGGGUUUCCCUCCAGAGGCAGCAGGGGCUGAGCUGGCCAUUGUUCGCCCCGGUGGGGAAGCGGCGGGAGAGGCUCGCCCCCUUCCUCUCCUGCCGAGCAGCCCUCCUCCUCCUCUUCCUCCUCCUCUUCCUCCUCCUCUCGCCUCGCUCCCUCUCUCUGUCUCCAUCUCCUUGGCGGGGUCUCCAAGCCCACCUGCUCCGCCUCCUCCUCCACCCUGUGGCUUCUCCGGACCGGCUCGGGAGACGGGGGAGAAGGCACGGCCUCCCGAUGAGCCGCCUCGGCCGGCUCUGGCUCUUUGUUGUCCUCCUCCUCCUCCCCUCCUUCUUCCAGAAUGUGACUCCUUUCCAAGUUGCUGUGCGAGAUGACAACUGCAUUGUCAUUUCCCUUGAAGCUGCUGAUGUGGUGAGCUCACUCUCCUCUGUGUAUGUUGUGAAGAUCACCGGUGAAUCCAAGAACUAUUUUUUCCAGUUUGAUGAAUUCAACAGCACUUUACCCGCUCCUGUGGUUUUCAAUGCCACCUACCAUGGCCUUUAUUACAUAGUAACUCUAAUGGUGGUGAGCGCAAAUAUGGUUUCCAAGCCAACUCGAUCAAUCACUGUGUUAACUAAACCUCUGCCUGUAACCAAUGUUUCAAUCUAUGACUAUAAACCAUCACCUGAAACUGGAGUGUUGUUUGAAAUCCAAUAUCCAGAGAAGUACAACGUUUUCAGCAGGGUGAAUAUAAGCUACUGGGAAGGAAAAGACUACCGGACGAUGUUAUACAAAGAUUUUUUCAAAGGCAAAACUGUUUUCAAUCACUGGCUGCCAGGAAUAUGUUAUAGUAACAUCACAUUUCAGUUGGUAUCUGAAGCAACAUUCAACAAAAGCACGCUGGUGGAAUAUAGUGGGAUUAAGCAUGAACCAACACAGCACCGUACAGUUCCUUACCCUCCUCGAAACAUUUCUGUGCGUAUCGUACAUAUGAACCUCAAUGAGAACUGGGAAGAACACAGUGGGGAUUUCCCAGAAGAAUCCUUUCUCGAAAACCAGAAUGCUAUGGGACAAGAAAAUAUUCCCCAUGUUGAGGAUGAUCUACCGGUGCUCCCAACUAUGAACACUUCUUAUACAUGGCCUGAAUAUCACUAUAACAGCAGCGAUUAUGAAACCACGUCUCAGCCAGAUUGGUGGAUUAAUGAACUGGACUCCCCAGAGAAUGAGGAUGAGUUUGUCAAUGCAGUGCCAACAGAUUAUGAAAACAUCAACCCAACUGCUGAAUUUGGGACACCUUCACCUAAGCCUUCUUCAUUCCUCCCAGUGCAAAUGGUGCUGAGCUGGUUGCCCCCAAAACCACCCACAGCAUUUGAUGGCUUCCAUAUUCAUAUUGAAAGAGAAGAGAACUUCACUGAAUUCCUAACAGUGGGUGAGGACAUCCAUGAAUUUGUUGCUGAUCUGAAAGAACCAGGGAAAUACAUGGUAUCUGUUACAACGUUUAGUUCGUCUGGGUCAUGUGAAGUUCGAGAAAGCCGAUUAGCCAAAAGACUCAGUUUUUAUAUUAGCCCUACAGGGGAAUGGAUAGAGGAACUAACUGAGAAACCUCAGAAUGUCAUGGCAACUGUGCUAAGCUCAACCACUGCCUUACUCUCAUGGACAACAUCAUCACGGGAACCCAGCAACAGCAACAAUACCAUUGUAUCUGUUGUAUCACUGACAUGCCAAAAACAGAAGGAGAGCCAACGACUUGAAAAGCAUUAUUGCACUGAGGUGAACACAAGUAGCAGCUUCAUUGAAAACCUUGUUCCUGGUGCUCAGUACAAAGUUGUGAUCUACUUACGGAAGGGACCCCUGGUUGGGCCUCCUUCUGAUCCUGUUACAUUUGCCAUUGUGCCAACAGGGAUAAAGGAUUUAACUCUUUAUCCUUUGGGACCCACUGCUAUGGUUCUUAGCUGGAACAGGCCUUACCUUGGUGUCUUCCGGAAAUAUAUUGUAGAAAUGUUUUAUUUCAAUCCUUCAACAAUGACCUCUGAGUGGACAACAUACUACGAAAUAGCAGCAACAGUCUCUUUGACAUCAUCCGUGAGAAUAGGCAACCUGCUACCUGCAUGGUAUUAUAACUUUCGAGUUACUAUGGUGACCUGGGGAGAGCCGGAGCUGAGCUGUUGUGACAGCUCCACUAUCAGCUUCAUAACAGCUCCAGUGGCACCUGAAAUUACUUCAGUGGAGUAUUUCAACAACCUUCUCUAUGUUAGCUGGAUUUAUGGUGAUGACAACACAGAUCUUUCCCAUUCCAGAAUGCUGCACUGGAUGGUUGUUGCAGAAGGAAAGAGGAAAAUUAAAAAGAGUGUGACUCGGAAUGCCAUGACAGCAGUUCUCAACCUUCCUCCAGGAGACAUCUACAAUCUUUCAGUAACUGCUUGCACUGAAACGGGUAGCAACACCUCUGCAUCUCAGCUUGUGAAAGUUGAUCCAGCUCCUCCAAGAUCACUCUUUGCUGUGAACAAGACCCAAACAUCAGUGACUCUUCUGUGGGUGGAAGAGGGAGAAGCUGAUUUCUUUGAAGUCUUCUGCCAGCAGGCUGGCUUGAGCCAAGAUGCAAAGAUCCAGGAACCAGUUACAGUGUCUUCACAUGUGGUGACAAUCUCCAGUCUUCUGCCUGCUACAUCCUACAACUGCAGCGUUACCAGCUUCAGCCACAGCAGUCCUAGUGUCCCAGCCUUCAUCAGUGUUUCUACUAUGGUUACAGAGAUGAAUCCAAAUGUGGUGGUGAUUUCUGUCCUAGCAAUUCUGAGUAUCCUUCUGAUAGGGCUGCUACUUGUAACUUUGGUGGUGCUUCGGAGAAAACACCUCCAAAUGGCCAGGGAAUGUGGUGCUGGAACCUUUGUGAAUUUUGCUUCAUUGGAGAGAGAUGGAAAGCUCCCAUACAAUUGGCGUAGGAGUGUAUUUGCUUUCCUAACCCUGUUACCCUCCUGCCUUUGGACUGAUUAUCUCUUGGCAUUUUAUAUUAACCCUUGGAGUAAAAACGGAUUGAAGAAAAGAAAGUUGACCAACCCCAUUCAGCUGGAUGACUUUGACAGCUACAUCAAAGAUAUGGCUAAAGAUUCUGACUAUAAAUUUUCUCUGCAGUUUGAGGAACUGAAGCUGAUUGGCCUGGAUAUCCCACACUUUGCAGCAGACCUUCCCAUGAAUCGUACUAAAAAUCGCUACACAAAUAUCCUGCCCUAUGAUUUCAGUCGUGUUCGAUUGGUUACAAUGAAUGAAGAAGAAGGCUCCGAUUACAUUAAUGCGAACUAUAUCCCUGGUUACAACUCUCCACAAGAAUACAUUGCAACCCAAGGCCCACUGCCAGAGACGAGAAAUGACUUCUGGAAGAUGGUUCUCCAGCAGAAAUCACAGAUCAUUGUUAUGCUCACACAGUGCAAUGAAAAAAGAAGGGUAAAAUGUGAUCACUAUUGGCCUUUCACAGAAGAUCCAGUGUCUUAUGGAGAUAUCACAGUGGAGAUGUUGUCUGAAGAACAGCAAUCUGAUUGGAUUUUUAGGAACUUCAGAAUCAGCUAUGCAGAUGAGGUGCAGGACGUGAUGCAUUUUAAUUACACAGCUUGGCCUGACCAUGGAGUCCCUCCCACAAACGCAGCAGAAAGCAUCUUGCAGUUUGUGCAGAUGGUCAGACAACAGGCAACAAAAAGUAAAGGUCCCAUGGUCAUACACUGCAGUGCCGGUGUCGGACGGACGGGGACUUUUAUAGCACUGGAUCGCCUCAUACAGCACAUUCGUGAUCACGAGUUUGUAGAUAUACUGGGGCUGGUGUCCGACAUGCGGUCUUAUCGGAUGUCCAUGGUCCAGACAGAGGAACAGUUCAUUUUUAUUCACCAGUGUGUGCAAUUAAUGUGGUUAAAGAAGAAGAAGCAGUUCUGCAUCAGCGACGUCAUAUACGAGAAUGUCAGCAAGUCGUAAUUCCAAGUCAUGGGUGCAGAUCUGCAGAACACGGACAAAUGCAGAAAGGUGACAUUUUACAUCCAGAAGCUCUGGGAAGACACAUAGCCUUAAGGAACCUGCAGUGUCUUGUUUGGACUCUUUAAUUUUCUGGACUUUUGAUUUUUUUAAAGUUAGUAACACUGGACCAAAUUCAACACAGCAACAUUAACAUGGAACCGUGUCAUAAUGUGCAUAACCGUACAGCACUUGGGAAAGGUUUUUUCUGUUGUUCUCCAGUUCUGAAUGCUUUAUUAUUAUUAUUUUUAAUAUGCAGGUUGGGCUUAAAGGUUACAGAAUGUGCAAUAUCUGAACAACAAUAAACUUUAUCCAUGUACCUCCAGUGAGGUGUGUGUAAAUCAAAAGCAGGCAGUGGUAGCAUUGGAUAAUAAUACCUCAUUUGCAUCCGGUGGAGGAUGAGAAGAGUCCCUAGGUUGGGCAGAGAGGAUGAGCAAUGGUGAUAUUACCAUCUUACUGCCAUUUAAUACUAAGAGGCAUGGGAUAUCAAUGGGAUCAGGAUUCUCCAAAAUAAACUGGCUCAGAGCUAAAGAGAAAAUUGUUGACUCCUGGCUUCAGAUUCAGCAUUUGAAGGUUUUGACCACAACAGUAUCCUGGAAAUCUUUGGAAAUCUUCCAUUGAGGAUCAUACAACUCAUGAAGUUGAAACCUUCAGCACAGAGAUGUCCUAUUGACUGGGUGAAGGAAAAAAAUGAAUACACACCUGGAUUUGGAGUGAAAGUACAGAUGGACACAAUGUGCUGUUGAAUAAGACCAUUUCUGCAAUGAGUAUCAUCACUGUACUGAUUGUGUUGUCUGAACCAAUUUUAGCUGCUGUCUAUACUUCUAUACUUUCCCCCAUUUGUUUUAUGUUUUUGUUUUCUUUAAUGUAUUUAUCCUGUGGUUGUUUUAUUUCAGGGGGAUGGGGACAAAGUUGGUCAAUGUUUUGUAGAGAGAAGAGGAGAAGCAUCCCAGCUUCAUGCUAUUGAGUCUGAAAAAAAAUGUAAGAUCUCAGAUUAGGAAUUCCUUUAAGAAUGCUAUAAGAGGAUUCAAAUGACAUGUUUGACCAGCGAUGUGGAUUCGUUGUCAUUGUCAAUUCACUGCCAAGUGUUUGUUUCUGGAAAAAAAUUGUGUAACUUACAAUGCUGCUUUUUUAAUUUAGUUUCUGUAUCUGGUUUCUAUAGGAAUUAGACAUACUCUUAGAUGGUGACACUUGAAUGCUGUCAAUGCAGAAAUGUUGGCAUUUUGGGAGUCCCUCUGUCCUCAGUUUGAUUUCCUCCAAUUUCACUGGAAAUUUUCAAAGGAAGUGGAAAUCACCAGACAAAAAGCAAGAUGGAGCAAGCUGAAGAGAAAGCAAGAACACUGGAUCUCUGCUCAAUAGGAAAAAGUCCAUGGUGUUAGCUAUUCUGUGAGAGUGGCAAUGUGGUCUAGUGCAUAGACUUUUGGACCAAUUCUGGGUUUAGAUGCCCACUGAGCCACAAUGCUUCUUGGUGAGUCUUUAUUUCAGGCCAGAUAACCUGACAGGAUUGUUGUGAGGAUAAAAGGUAGACAGCCCCAUGAACCAGCCUAUGUUCGGUUCAGAGGGAAAUGCUAUGAAUCAAUGUGUAAUGGAAUGAAUUAUCUGGAGCCUUCCAUACUAAAGCCUGUCCUAGCUGGGAAGGAUCAAUCUGGAAAUUCUAGAAAGUUUUUCAUCCAAUGGCCAGGAUCUCACACCACAGCAAAAUACCAUAGAUCUCCAUAUGCAGCCUUACACACUAAUUGUAUCAUACAAACCUUUUGUGUUCAGUGGCAACAUUGCACAAAUGUACCAAAAGAGCACACAUUCACUGAAUACACAGGAAAAUAUACAUUCAUAAUGGCACCACAUGUGCAAGUCUGCUUUUGUGACUGAACUGAAUGUGGAUGUUCAGCAUCAGACUCAAAUGUCCAUUUUUCUGAUAGAACUUCUGCAUGAGGAAGACACAAACACCUUUCAGGAUCAGAGAUGAAAUUCUAGAUUUGGAGUGGGAUUUAAGGCUGACAUUUAACACCUGCCGUUUGUGCACUUUUUGGUAUUAUAUUAAGACAGUGCAAAAAGAAAUUCCUCCCUUACACUACUCAGCUGGAUUUGGAAGGAAAGGGGCAA